UGUCUUACCUACCGCUAGCCUCGGCUGUGAUUAGCUUUUUGGCAUUUGCGUGCGCCCUUGCACCCGUUUGCACCCGUUCGCGCGAGCAAAGGAUCGCAGCGCUCCCCCGCGACACCGUCGACCGCAAGAAGUGGUCGCCGCGCACUGCUCGGCCGCCAAAAACAGCCCACUCAGUCGCUGUGUAAAACGCCGCGCGCGGCGCGGCCGCCAAACAGCUCGCUGGCGCAAAGCAGCGCGCAGCAAUGGUCGAGUCCGAGGAGGCCGUGGCCGAAGCGCUGCUGAAAGCAGUCGGAGUAGACGACCACGAGCCCGAGGUCGUCGGCAUGGUGCUAGACGCGAUGCACCGCGCGGCGCGCGACGCCUUAGGGGAUGCGCGGGACUUGGCACUCCACCGCAACGAAACGAAGAUCGAGGCGCACGACGUUAGAGCUGGCGACGACCUGAACGCGGCCGCGGGCUAUUCGAGACGACCGCCGCCGGCGCGCGAAAAUGCCAUAGCGGCGGCCGCUUCCGUGAACGCGGCACCACUAAAUCUCGCGGACGGCCACGGCGUGCGCCUGCCGAGUGAAGGCAACCUCACGACGCGCGGUUAUUCCCUGGAAGCGCGCAACGACGACCUCGAGUCGAUGGCCUCGCGCUACAAGUCCUAACAUUCACACUAA